UCUCCUUUCCCGCGUACUCGCAACAAAUUUCGACGAUGAAAAACUCAAAAAGUUAGGGAAACACUCGUCAUUUUCCUCUACAUGGUUCGGUUCCGCACUCAGUUUCCAUUUUUGUGAAUGGAGAACUCGAAGCGAUGGAUGGUGACCUACACAAAGCACAUCAAACAGAAACGCAAGGUCUACCAAGAUGGAUUCCUAGUGCUCAACAUUGCCAGCAGCAAGGUGGCGCUGUAUGACGAGUGCGAGAAACUGUUGGAGUGUAGGCUCUUGAAGAAAGAUGAAACUGUUACCUCCAGUGAAACGUUGGUUUUCGACGGUUACCUUGUUGACAUCGGUGAUUCUGAGGGAAGCAAGGAGCCUAAAUCUGAUUUGAAUGUUGAUAGAAAGCUUAAUAAUCAUUCGCGUUUGCGUUUCAAGUCUCCUUCUGGUUUGAAUUCUCUGUAG